AUGCUUCUCUUUCUCUCUCUUUCCCCUUACUCAUCUGUUUCUGUGGCUGUGCUGAGAGGAAGGGCACCUGCCGCUCCCUGAUGAUUCAGCCUUUCAGCUACUUGGAGCUCCACAGACGAGACAGCAUGUCCCUCCUGCCACUGCAGUGCCUGUCCGUCCUGUCCUCUGCACUACAGCUACUGCAGCUGGCCCGUCACAUCCACACCGCCUCUUCUGCCCAAGUGCUCAGGCUGAUUGCGUUUCCUGUGAGGGAGCAUGAGUAAGGAGCUCUUUUCCCUCUUGCGCAGAAGGCGGUCUACAUCCUUUCCAGACUGUUAAAACGGUUCAACUCACUCUGAAGAGCAUUUGUACCUUCCUCUAAAAUCCCAGCUCUGACUCUGCAGCCUCAUGAUGGAGAACAUACUCGAGGAGACUGGUGGCAGACAGCCACUGUGUGAUGCUCUGAGUUAAGCGCUGAGGUACUCAGAGAUCCUUCAUCCAGCAGUUGGAAAGGAUGACUGAGGGAAUGGAGGACAUCUCUUCUGGGCCAGCUCCCCCUCCUGGAUCAGUCUCCCCCGCAAGGUCUACUCUGGACACUGGACAAGUCCCAGAGGAGAAACCAGAGGAGACAGAAGCAGCUGUCCGGGAGAGUGGGGAGGAGGGUGCAGAAGGAGGUGGUGUUGGUGAUGGGGAACAUUUGGGGGCUUUGGGAAUAGUGGCUUUGCCAGGGACCUGCUGCGUGUGCAUAGAGAUGGAACAGAUUAACAAUUGCCUGCACUCUGAGAAAAUCUGCAUUCUGCCCAUCCUGGCCUGUCUGCUUAGCUUAGCCCUCUGCACAGCUGGCCUCAAAUGGGUCUUCGUGGAUAAGAUCUUCCAGUACGAACCACCAACACACUUAGAUCCCAAACGCAUUGGACAGGACCCAAUUAUAAUAUCAGUUACACCCACACUGGGACUAACUAUGUCCAUUCCUCAUUCAAGUCCGUCGUUUGCCUCCUUGACCACCGUCACUACUCCAGGACAUCCUGAUGUUUUAAUGGAAGAGAAAUCUACCCAAAGUCCGCCCAUGCCUGAGCCUCCACGAGUGACUCAGUCUGAUCCCUCUGUUACACUGAAAUACAACGCGGAACGUCCCACCGUCCCAAAACAGACUCCCCGCCCUCAGACAACACAGGCAUUAAACGACAUCAUCAUCCCAACAAUAUCUGCCACCAGCACCACCACUACAGCCAAGACCUCCAGUCAUGUGACACGCUGCAGUGACAGACAGAGGAACUACUGUGUUAAUGGAGGGAAGUGCUUCACCCUUGAAAUCCUGCCAGGCACCACAAAGUUUCUUUGCAGGUGUCCAAAUGAAUUUACUGGGGAUCGCUGCCAAAAAUAUGUAAUGGCCAGCUUUUACAAAGCUGAGGAGCUGUAUCAGAAACGCAUUUUAACAAUAACAGGAAUCUGCAUUGCACUCCUAGUCGUUGGAAUCAUGUGUGUGGUUGCCUACUGCAAAACAAAAAAGCAGAGGAAGAAGCUCCAUGACCAUCUGAGGCAGAGUCUGAGGAAAAAGAGGAACAACAAUUCCAAUACUGGUAUUGGCCCCAACCUGACAAACUCAGCCAGAGGACGUCAGGUUUCUAACCUGCCUCUUCAAGAUUUGCAGCUCAUCAAUCAUUGUAAUGGGACAACUAUGCUGCAUGCAGCUGAGGGGGAGACAGAAACAAACUUCUCCACAAGCAAAAAGGCUUUAUUGGUGCAUGAACCUUCCACAUUAGCUGACAUGUCCAGCAAGAGGGGUGUACCUGCCAUGACAACCCAGAAUCCGCUGUCUCUCGUGUCCCAGACCUCUCCUGCAACUCCAGGGUCUCCUCCAUCAGAGAUGUCUGCCCCCCUGUCCAGCCUGGCCAUCUCUGUCCCGUCUUUGGCUUUAAGCCCCUCUGGUGAGGAGGAGCGCCCCUUGCUGUUGUCAAACACACGUCGGCCAUGCAGGUCUGUGAGCCGAGAUGAACAGAAGAGGGGCUCUGCCCACUACAACCAUGGCCAUGUGGCAGAUAGCUUACCACCUAGCCCACUGUUUCCUAUGGAGAAUGGUUACUACAUAGAUGACCAUGACAACGCAGAUGGCAGCCAUAUGUUCUCAGCAUUACCUGAGAAGCUACUAAAUACGAACAACAACAUCAACAGCUGCAGCACCAAAAGAGUCACCAAUGGCCAUGUGCAGCAUAUUGUGGAGUCCUGUGGUGACAACAUGCGAGUGAGGGAAAAAGAGGUGCGUCAGGGUACUGAUAGCACUACAACCCUGCUGCUCAGGGCUAUGGACAGCAGCAGGACUAACCCAGCAUCACCAACUAAUGACGUGCAAGACAAGUCAUCCAGUUCCCCCACCAAACAAGAUCCAGUUGCUGUGUAAAGUCAAAAGAAAUGGCUGAGAAUCCUUUAUGCUGAGGGAAACCAAAUGAAUAGUCACUAUUAAACCUUUAUUUUCUAUAAACUAUUUGCUUUAUAAAGACUUUUAAAGAUAAAUAAAAAUGAAACUUUUAUUUUAGUGAUGUAGUAAAUAAAGAGUUUUAUAAAAAAAAAAAACAUUUACAAAUGUGUUCAUGUCUUGUAGGUAAAGUGCCAUACUUAUGUAUGUAGCAACGGAUGACAGUAUAUUUCAGUGCAGAAAAAUAUCAAUGGUGCCUUUCUAUUUAGUGUGCAUAAGGGAACUGCAACAUUGCAUACUGGGAUACUGGGACAUAUAUUCACCAUCUUAACAAUCCAAAAUAACUUGCUGGCUGCUUUUGAUGUCCUGCAGUUGGAAGUGCCCACUGACACAACAGUUUGUGGUUAUAUUCAUACGAGGUGCAUGCUACGUCCUUGAAUGCUGUGACGGAAUACACAGUUCAUGUGUUUUCCUCUCUAACCAUUUGACCUGGUACUAAACUUCAACACUUUGACUGAUGUUUAUGAAUAAAACAAUCAAUCAGCUUAUAACCUGCAUUUGAUGAGAGAUGGAAAAGAUGGUUCAAAUCAUAAUGGUUUAAUUGAUCAUCCUCUUCUCUGGAAUCCUGCUGGUGAACAAUUCUCAGAGCUGAUAGAUAAAGGUGCCAUUACUAAAGUCUGGCUCUGUAGUGUAAUACUAAUACUGUCACUUAUAUGCUUAACGUAAUCUUGUAGAUAUUUAAUUUAAUUUAAUUCUAUAUUGUGAUUUGAUUUACACAUUUCAAGUUUACUAUUAAUAUUAAAUGGGUACUGCACUGAUGUAGUAUUGCACUUACAUAAUGUUUAGUUACUGACAAGAUAGAUAAAUAAAAUGAAUACAAAUACAGAAAGAAUGGUUAUUGAGACAUCAGAGGUCUAAUAUCCUGACUUACGCAAAAUGCUGGAUCCUACAUUUCCCAUAAUGCUUGAACGGAUCAUUAUGAAACUUAAGUUUCAUGUCUUUCUUUGCUGGCAUGUAUCCACAUCUUCACAGAGUGCAAACUGACUCAGAUAAGGUGGUGCCAUCAAGAAAAUGAUUAGCAUGAAGACCAGCAAUGCUCUUUUUCGAGAACACUCCAGUUGCUUGUGUCCUCCAUCACCAGUAUGAUAUUGCUGAUGGCAUCUUUAAAUGUAAGAAUAGCUACAUAGUGUGUACUGAAUGGAAAAUUGAAUAUAUGACUCAUUUUUUCCUUUGUAAAGAAAUCCAUGUGUUUCUAAUGCAUUUUGGGGAUUCAAUUCAAUUGCUAAAUAUAUACAUGUUUAACUGCUGUAAUUUUUUCAGUCUUAUCUAUGGUAUGAUAGACAUUGUUUUCCAAAAUUGUUACAAUUCUGAAGAAAAUAAAUGCAUAUGCAUGAAUGCGUAUGCACUUAUUUUUAUGUUACUGCCCCAACUUGUGUUCACAUAUGCAGUCUCAUUGUAUGUGUGAUUUAGAAAAAGGUUUUAUAAUGUCGGGUAACAUAAGCAUAUUUUAUGAAAAUCUGCCAAAGACUGUCUCCACUUCUAGACUUUAGAGAAGAAAAAUAAAUGUAGCAAAAGUAAAUCACCAUUAUUGGGCUCUGUAAUUAACCAUAGUUUCUUAAAAAUGUAUGUAUGUAGAAUCAGCGGUGAGCCUAGUAUAUGAGUAAGUACUAUGACAUGUGCUGCUCAAUGAUUAGUGUUUUAAUGGUGGCCAUACUUCUGUGUAUUAAGUUAUUUUAAGAUUAUUUAUCCUUUAUUUAGAAAUGUGUGAUCAAUUACAGAUUUUAGUGUAUACAUUUAUAUUUUAACAAAGUGGAGUUUAGGAUGUAAAAUAUAUAUAGCCAUUUGUCACAUGGUUAUUAGUCCAAAAUAGAACUUGCAUAUUUUGUCACUUGUAUGCUAAACAUAACUCACAAUGCAUUGCUUUUAGGUGUAGGAGUCUUUAAAUUAUGU